AAUACGAGAUUAUAAUAAAACCGGCCAAGUGCGAGUCGGACUAGUGCAUUAAAGUUCCGUACCAUUAUGUAUAUAAACGACAAAAAUCAAGUUUGUUUUUAGGAGCCCUCUUAUAUUUGUUUUAUUUUUAACCCCCGACGCAAAAAGAGGGGUGUUAUAAGUUUGACCGUUAGAGUGUCUGUCUGUCUGUCUGUCUGUGUACGUGGCACCGUAGCUCAUCAACGAUAAAAUUAGAACCGAUUUGGAUGCGUUUUUUUUUAUUUGAUAGAUAAUUGUCACGCGGCGAUUCUUAGAUAUAUUUCAUCAAAUCGGUUCAGCCGUUCAAAAGCUGUAGCAAAAUGAAUAUUGAAAGUUGGGGUUUUUUUAAUUUGUCUAACAAAUGAACUUGUGUUUUAUAGUAAUAAUUGUUAUAGCGGCAACAGAAAUAUCUGUGAACUGUGUAACUGUCACGGUUCAUCGAAUACAUCCUGGUGACAGACAGACAGACUUACGGACAGCGAAGUCAUAAUAAUAGGAUUCCAAUUUAUCCUUUGGGUACAGAACCCUGAAAAUUGUCAAGCCUAAAUGAUAUCAUACGAUGGUAAUAAUGGUAGACGGUAAAUGACGUUAAAAAUUACUCAAAAAUGAUGUAUCUUUCAACCGAAGUAUCGCUACAAGAUUUUAUUUAGUUUUAACUGUUCCGAUGUUGCUUUGUCUGUAAUCAAAUCGAGUACUUAAGUAAAAUUUCGCCUACUUACUACCACCUGUCCUACAGAGUUGAAAUUUUCCACAUUGCUUCAGUUUCCAUGACAGCACAUUAUUAUGAAUAGAUGACCAGGAUCGACACCCAACGAGAGAACUCUUCCACGGUUAACGGAAUUGACAUAAUUUUUUUGUGACGCGUUGAAUGUAAAAAUAAAUCUCGUUGAUGAAAAUAAAAGCUUGCGGCAAAGUGAGAUUAUUGUAAAAAAACUGUUUGGUUUUUACAAACACUCCUGGAAUUUGUAAAUAUUAAAUUAGAUUUUGCUAAGUCAUAUUAUGUUUAGGCUAGGUGAAUUAGAUUAUAACAAAAAAUAAAAAUAUGAAUUAAAACUAGUUUUAUUAAUAGCUUUUGCCAGAGGCUUCGCCCACGUAUAAUAUUUACAGACAUUUAAUUUAUUUGGGGGUUGAAUGAAAAAAAAAAACGUAGCCUAUGUUUGAACGGGGGAUUACUAAAUGCACAACAAAUUUCAUCAAAAUCGGUCCAGCGGUUUAGCAAUGAAAGACAGAAACAUACAGACAGAAAUAAAAUCUGUUAUACGCCUUUUCGCCGUUAUUUUUUCUUUCUUCAACUAUCGGCGGCAGAAUUUCUGUCCCAACCAAAGAUUAGAAAUAUAACCUUUUUGUAAAUAAAAUAUAUCAUCUUUUGGUCCUUCAUGAUCGAUACAUGCUCGGUUGGCAACAACACUUAUGACAUUAAUGUCUUAAAAUAUUGUAAAUAAAAAAGCAUUAUACCAGAUUUUGUACUAGAAGCAUAUAAAAUUAUAACUGAAUAUAAAUGUUGUGUUGUUGUUGUGUUAAAAUCAGAUCAACCGUUUUGAAAAAGUGAUACCGCAGAGUUUUUAAUACGCGGGGACAUGCGGUCCUGACGUUCUAUAGCUAGGAAAGAACCAGAAAAACGAAGACAUAUUGUUCAUUAAAACAUUAUUGAGCCAAUUUUCCAGUGAUAUUUGGACGUUUAACUAAUCAGUGCCUAUGUGCCAGACAAUUUUAUCAAAAUCGGACCAAUAAUAAUUAGACGAAAUCGCGUCGUAACGUGCACAAAAUGUAUUAUUAAUGUAUGUAGGAGACGAAACGUUCAUAAUAAAAGACAGGAUUUUUUUAAAUAAUCGAAUUACGAAUUAGGCAAACAUAAAUAAAAAUGUUUUGUGAGUGGCCAAAAUAUCGACAGUUUUACCGGUGGUUGUGCGUAUCGUUGAAGGAGAGAAUAUUAGCAAUCGCUUAUAUCAAUGUUAUGCUGACGCUGUGCAAAGCAGCCGAGUAUGUACCCUUGAUAGCGAUGUUGGAGCUGGACCGCGUGGGUGUGAUGUUCCGCUAUGUGAUCGACGGGAUGCCUGUGUUCUGUAUCAUCAUCACAUUGUCACUGGAUGUUAUCUUUACUACCAUCCUGAUCUAUGGAGUUCACAUGAAACAAACUGCGUACAUGAAGUCUUAUUACUACUUCAUGAUAUUUGUGAUGUUCGAGUCGACAGUUUUGGAGAUUUCAAAUCUCUUUCAGUCCUACAGCGACCAGGAACACCGUGAUGAGUCUCAUAUCUUGUAUUUUGUGUUCUGUUUUAUGUCAAACUUUUACAUUUUAUCCAUGGUACGGAGGCUAAUAGCGUCGGAAGACAAGUUUGACAACAAGUCUAGCAACCAGUCGUUGAUUUCAUCGCCGCCUAUGUACGAUAUAAGUAGGUCGACAAAAGUACUGUAGAUAGAUAUAGUUAUUAUACUGCUUAUUAUUAUAGUAUAAUUAUAGCCUAUUAUUUAUGAAAUUCAAGUUAAGUUUUGACUAUAACAUAUCCCGCAAUUCGGUGUAGCAUUUGUGGCAAAGAUCUAACGCCGGCUACACACAAUCGCCGAAGUUUUUUCAAGAGAUUUUGUAUGGCGAAUCCGCCAAAGUUUGGCGAACUGUUCGCGAUAAUAUAUAGCCGGCAUAAUAUCUAUAUGUAGUUUGUGCCAAAUCUCUUUACUGAUUCACUUUUUCCCCAUCUAUUGCUGAGAAAAAACCCUUAAGUCACAGCUGUAAAUUGAAGCACGUGGAUUGAAGGUGACAAUAUGAUAAAAACGGUAAUCUCUUGUCAAAGAAUAUGUAUCCAAAUGACACCGGCGUAAUCCCCCUUGAAUAUACCAUUAAUCCUUUAGUGGAUGUCGUACGGUAAGAAAUAUCUGGCUAUGCCGCUGCCGCCCUGGCAGGAGGGCGAAUCAUAAAAUGCAGGCUUGACGUCUUCAAGGAGGAAAACCAUGCCAAUGUCUGACUUCAAGUCUCCCCAGAUCGAUCACCAAGGGGAGCCAUCAGAGGGCAUAGUGCGGGUUUGCAUUUCACUUCUCACUACGGAAUGGAAGUGCGAAGCAGUGAACCAAUCACACUGCGUCAUUGUAUGACAACCAUACCGCAAUGUGAUUCAUUCGUUGUGUCUCACUUCGAAUUGACUCGAUAAUAUAUGAUAGACAAUAGACCUAUUUAUUUAUAUCCCAUUCAUAAGAUUCGCAACUACAAAGAUUUUGCAAAGAAAAAUGUUGUGUGAUAUCUCUUUUGAGUUUUUCGAAUUAUCUUUGAAGCAUUUCUGGUGAUUGACCAAAUUUUCUGACCACCUUUCAAAAACCUGCUAUACAAUUUUGCAUUCAAAUGUUCUUUUCAUAGAGUUUAUUGUCGCUCGUCUGUUUUAUAGCAAUUAUUCAAUAUAGGAAUGAUGACAAACACAAUAUCCACGCGAGAAACUCUCAGACAGCAGUCGUUCAUUAGAUACUUCAUUCAAGCAGUCAUAGUUUUACUUAUGACUUUGAUCAGAAGCUUACAGAAUAUUAAAUAUAUUUUUAUAAACCUCUGUGAGAAAGUCACCAUACAAAUUUCAGCAAAAAAUAUCUAAGGAAGUGUGCAGAAAACCCGAUGGAUGUUUGUCAACAAACAGAUUUUACCCAGAAGUCGUUCCCCUAUCAUUAAUCUCAUUAGUUGUUAUAAUGGCCGCUAAAUCAGUGUAAAUAAGGUUAAAAUUUAAUGCUGAUAACAUGUCCAAGAAACGUACACGGUAGUUAUUUAUUUGAUGUGGUUUGUUUAUGACGAACUAGUGAUUUCGUGCGUGCGGUGACCGUGAGAUAAGAGAUUUAAAACUUUUUAAAUAAAUCAAAUUAAGAACAAAACUAUUAAAAAAAAAUAAAAAUGUA